GCUCUCUCAAUAAUUGAAAAAAUAAACAUCCCUUCAGUCUGGGCUUUCUUACAUUAAUUCUGGACUAAAAGCCCAACUUUCAAUACAAAUUCAUAAAUUCGGGAGUUUCUGGCAAACACUCACAGGGUGUCCAUCGUUUCCACUUCGCGUUUAACACUUUCCAUUCCCCAGUCGGCUAAUCCAACGGACCCAGUUCUUCUUAUCCUGCUCUGCUAGUGCUUAAAUAGUCCUGUGAAAUUAUUUCUUAUGAACAGAUUUUACCACUUGGAAUGUUACAAAACUGCAGUCAAAAUGGCACAAGCCUCAUAUUGUGGGCACCCCUCUGCACAGGCUGGAAGCUGCCUUUUAACUCACCAAAUCCAGGUACCAAUCCUGUUUCUGCUCUUCUUACACACAGAUUUAUUUCAAAUUCAAAUUCCCAGUUGUUGUUCUGUCUUUUUAGUAACACUUUUAAUGAAGAAUCUGCAUGAAUAGCUUACCAGAGUUAAUUGACAACUUGCAACCCAAAAAUGGAUUCAGAAUUUAGCUCUGUUUUUCUGCACUGAGGGGACCCUAAAAGGAAAGAUAGUAAAUUGCCUUAUUUUCUAAAGAGUGAUUGAUUGAGUUCUAUAAAAGGUUAAAACCUAAGAUUAUACUAAGGCAGAAAAGAGAAGAAAAUGGGUAGGGUCAAGUUGCAGCUGAAGAAAAUUGAGAACAAAGCAUACAAGCACAUAACCUUUGCCAAAAGGAGAAAUGGCCUUGUCAAGAAAGCCUAUGAACUUUCAACUCUAUGUGAUGUGGAGGUUGCUCUAAUCAUUUUUUCCCCAGCCGGAAAUCUCACUCUUUUUGAGGGAAAGAAAAGGGUAGAAGAGGUUCUGUCGCAUUUUAUCCAAACCCCUGCAAAGAAGCGCGGAUGCCUGCCAAAUCAAGAGUUAAGGCAAAUCAUUUCUCAGCUGAACCUCGAAGCUAGUGUCUACUGUCACAACACAACUUUCUCAGGCAAUUGCGGUAGAACCAUUGGAAUUGUGAGUGUUGAUUCUGAAUUGGAGGAUGUUCAGAACCAAAUCCUUAUUUGCAAUUCCCAGCUGCAGGAUGUGGAGAGGGAACUGCAGUACUUUGUAAAAAGUCCUAGCUGCAUCAAAUCAUUGAGUGAUUUGGAAUACCAUGAGAAGAUCUUGGAAGACACACUGCAAGUUGUCCGUAUGCACAAGGAAGCUUUAGAAGCACAUAACAGUAUCCUUCUAACUCUUGAGGAACCAAUUUAUCCACCCUCUUCAUGUUCCUUCGAUUCCUCAUUGUACUUUGGGAGUUACAACUUGAUGAAUUGGCCUUCGCAGGACAAUCACCAACUUCCAAAGAAUUUUGCCCAUACAAAUGGCUUUCAGCCUCUAAGAAAUGGACCAGAAACUUUGGUUGGACCGCCCCCAUCCUCAUUAACAUACCUUCAAGGGCAUGGAUUCCUGUGUGGACCUGAAUUGAACUAUAUGCCUGAUCAGGUUACUGCCAAUGAGCAAAAGCCGGGGUCUAGAAUUGUCAAUUUCUCUCCAGGGAUGGAAAUCAGGCAACAGGCAACCGCGGUUAGCAGUACCAUAGUGCGGAACAUGGGUUGCAAUGACAGUAACUCAAACCUUUGACUCUGGUUUCUGGUCUUUCCCCAUGAUCUGUGGGCCGGACAAGGUGAAUCUUAUUGCAAAUCAAAACUUAAAUUUUAAAUUAGCUUUACCUUUAUUGUCUGGUUGGAAACUUCGGUGCAAUGAAUCAGUGAUGCAUUUUACAGUGGAUUUCUGCAAUAGCAAUGUAGCAUGAUUUUGCUUUUUUCCGUGUUCAAACUUGGAAUGGUACAAUAUUU